UCAGCAGUGGGACGAGAAGUGAAGAGAGAAAUCCAACACUCAGAUAGAAAUGCAAGACCAGUGAGAGAAGAGAGAAAAGAUGAGAAAAGAGGGACGCAAAGAACUGAGAGGAAUAUGGGUAGGAUAGAAGAAAAAACAGAUGAAAGAAGAGAGGCAAGGAGAAUGGCGAGAAAAGAGAUGAGAGAAAUACAAAAGAGGGCAGGAAAGGUUGGAAGAUCAUUGAUAGGGGAAGAGGAAAGAGAGAUGCCGAAAAAUACAGUGAAGAAGAUAGCGGCAUUUGGGAUUAAAAGGAGAGGAGAGAGAGCAGCCAGUCCAGUUGUCUACAUGCCUGGGAGAGUGAGUGAAAGGGUGAGGGAGUGCGCACUCAUCCAUGGACUUCUAGGAGGCUUCAACACCUUUAACUUCCUCAGCUUUGCCACGGGUCUGGUCACUUUUAUCCUUAACGUCAACAACAACAUCAAUAACAACAAUGACAACAAUAACGUCAACGCUAACAACGACAUCAACAACAAUAAUGUUAAUGCCAAUCUCAACACACAGAACGCCAACCAGGUGGUAGUCUUUCCCCCGGGCAGGCGGCGGCGUUCCGUAGCCGACAUACUUAUGGCAGCAGCAGACGUGCAAGAAGAGGGUGCUAACGGACUGCACAGAGGAAUGGGUGGAGUAUGUGGUUUGUAUGGAGGCGUAAGGAGGAUUGUACAAGAAACGGAGACACUAAUGAAGGUAAGCAGCGAGCGUGCAGGAGGCACUUCAAGGAGCACCAAACCUCAAUUUCUGCCAUACACUGCCCCUCAACAUUUCUUGCAUCCUAAACAGCCCCAUAAGAAAUGGGAGAGGCAAUGUAAACUUAAGAUGUGUAUUCUCAAAAGUUUCAGCAUCCCACCUCGACCACUUUCAAUCAGUUCUUCCACUCUGAUUCAACUCUUGCUUCACUGCUGA